AUGGAUAUUCUCGAAACCAACCAAAACGUAGUAGUAGUCCGUGCUAAGCCUGAAGGACAGCGGAAAACAUUUAAACCUAACAUUCGUUCGAUAAAUAAAAUACCGGAUGAGUUACUCAAUGACCCGCUUUUAAACAGAGCUUGUGAAUCAUUACCGCAGAAUUAUAAUUUUGAGAUACAUAAGACGAUAUGGAGGAUAAGAUCUCUGGGUUCAAAAGUAGUAGCUCUACAGCUACCUGAAGGUUUGACGAUGUUUGCAACUACUUUGUGUGAUAUAAUUGAGGCGUUUACUGAAGCCGAUACUAUUAUAAUGGGUGAUGUGACGUAUGGUGCGUGUUGUAUUGACGAUUUCACCGCAAUUGCUUUGGAUGCUGAUUUAUUAGUUCACUAUGGACACUCGUGCCUUAUACCCAUAGAUCAAACAAACAACAUAAAAGUUCUAUACAUAUUUGUAGACAUAAAAAUAGAUCCAUCUCAUUUUAUAGAAACUAUAAAGUUAAAUUUGCCUAAACCAACACAUCUGGCUAUCAUAAGUACGAUACAGUUUGUGACGACAUUACAUUCUGUUGCUAAAAGUUUGAGAAAUGAGGGUUAUAUAGUCUCGGUUCCUCAGAGUAAGCCGCUAUCACCUGGUGAAAUUCUUGGUUGUACUGCACCUAAAUUGAAUGCCGAUGUCAUUGUAUACCUCGGUGAUGGAAGAUUUCAUUUAGAGUCUAUAAUGAUAGCAAACCCAACCAUUCCUGCUUACAAAUAUGAUCCUUAUGACAAAAAAUUUACAUUGGAAACUUACGAGCAUGAAUUAAUGCAAACAAAUAGGAGGAAUCAAAUAAAGACUACCGAGAAUGCCACAAGUUUUGGACUCAUUCUUGGCACUUUGGGCAGACAAGGAAGUACAAAGGUUUUAGCUAACUUGGAAAAACAAAUACAAAAUGCUGACAAGAGCUAUGUUAAGAUACUGUUGUCUGAGAUAUUUCCUAGCAAAUUGGCAUUGUUUGAUUUAGAUGCCUUCGUCCAAAUAGCUUGCCCGAGACUUUCUAUUGACUGGGGCACAGCUUUUCCAAGGCCAUUGUUAACUCCAUAUGAAUUUUCAGUGGCACUUGGUAAUAGUAAGUGGCUAAAAGAUGACGGCACAUAUCCUAUGGAUUUCUAUGCUAAUGAUAGUUUAGGGCCUUGGACACCAAAUUAUAAACCAGUUCUAUGUUCAGGAACUGACAAAAAAUGUGAAAACUGUUGUGGUGGUAAAGAAAAAGAUAUAAAAUAA